AUGGGCCGCUUUGAGCCAAGACUCCCCAGAGCCUCUACCGAGCCAGGGAGUUUGGCCUCGGGACUUCAGCUUCCUCCUCCGCAGCCGCAGCCGCAGCCCCCGGCGCAGCCCCCGGCGCAGCCCCAAGGGCGGCGAGGAUCCUGUCCACUUUGGAUCGCCUUCUCGGCCCGCGACACAUGA